AUGUUUCGUCGACAAGGUCAGCUAGAAGCGGUCGUUGAAGACAUCGGUAUUGGACCGGCCCAGGCUUUUCCAGCUUUGCUUGGGGGUGGCAUCUGGGUGGCAGAUGGCUCUGAGCUCCUCAUACUCGGCUCCGUCACCAAGGCAGUGUCUGAUGAGUGGUCUUUGAAUGGGUUCCAGCGGGGCAUGGUGGUCUCCAUUGUGUUCAUCGGAAUCCUGCUGGGCAACACCAGCAGUGGUCCGCUUGGCGAUGGACUGGGCCGCAAGCUGCCGAUCCUGCUGUCCUAUCUGGGAAUAGCCCUCUUCAGUGUUCUCUCGGCAUCAGCCACAGGAUUCCUCUCCAUGUCUGGCGUGCGCAUGCUGGUCGGCUUCGCUUUCGGCCUUGGGCAGCCAGCGACCGUCGCUCUACUGAAUGAAGUCUCGCCAAGAAGGUGGCGCUACCUUUUGAUGGCCCAGGCCAUGGCUUUGUUCUGUGCCGGUGAGCUUUAUGCUGCAUGGCUCAUAUGGUUAGACGAUCCAAUGAUGAAAUCCCUGGAUUGGCGUUGGCUAUGCAUGGUGGGAGCGGUUCCCUCGAUUGUUGGUUUUGUUUUGGCCUACUUCUUCCUGGACGAGUCACCAGCGUAUCUUGACGAAAAUGGAUACCGCCAGGAGGCGUUGGCAGCCCUCCAGUCACUCAAGGAUCGGAACGGUGCUCACGACGUCUCGUGCGAGUAUGAGACGUCACUGGCCGCACAGACACCAAAGUCCGUGCGAGACCAUGUGGCCACAAUAUUCUCACGAUCCUUGAUCUUGACUACCUUCACUAUGAUGUUCAGUUGCCUGAUGCUCAACUUGGUUUUCUACGGAAGCCUAUAUGCGUUUCCACAAGUCUUCACAGAGACGAACAAGACGAGCUACAGCCCAGCGGUGGUGCUCAUGAUUGGGGCCAUGGUGGAGUGGCCGGGGUUCUUCGGUGCUCCGAUACUGGAGCGGUUUGUCACGGGCAAG